AGGCUUCUUCGCUCUCUUGAAAUCACAUCUCCACACAGCCACAUCUCUAUCACUCAAAUCUCUAAUACUCCAUCCCUUUCCACCCCAGUCGACACUAGCAUUCACUCACACAAUGAUCGUCAAAGUCAAGACACUUACCGGCAAGGAGGUUGACAUUGACGUGCAACCGGACAUGACGAUCAGCAAGGUGAAAGAACGGGUUGAAGAAAAGGCUGGUAUUCCUCCUGUGCAGCAACGAUUGAUCUUCGGUGGCAAGGCUAUGGGAGACGACAAAACUAUCCAAGACUACAAAAUACAAGCAGGCGCUGCCAUCCAUCUAGUCCUUGCUUUGCGUGGAGGGCGAACAUUGAACGGAAAUUAAAGCGAAAGAAGGUAGCCGACGACCCUAUGCAUAUUUUUGGG